CUAACUGGUCUAGCUGGCUUAUAUAAGCUCAUGUACUGUCGCUAAUCAGACACUCAUGUAAUAGACUUCAAAAAAUAAGUUUGAAAAUUAUAAACAAAGUCUAUGUUAUAAAGUAAUCACCAAUUUAUUAUAUUUUCUCACGUCGAUAUAAGCUACAAUUUAGUAAGAUGUCUGGUGGUAACCAUUGGGACCCCGUGAGGGACUACGUGGACAAGUACCGCCCGAAAGGGGUUAGUCAAGUUUACGAUGGUGUUUACCAGGCUGGCAAGUCUACCGGGGAAUGGGUCCAGAAAGGCAUAAAACAAGUGGAUAGAGUGUCACCAGCGGUGGGAACAGCUGCUCGAGUAGGCGUAAAAUAUGCCGAAGAAAACGGCAAGUUGUCAAUCUUCCAAGAUAAUCGUCCCAACAAAAAUUAGCCAUGGUCAAAGUAUGAUGUAAGGCGUGAUGAAAAGUUUUCACGUUUCAUAAUCGGAAAAAUUAUAUUUGUUAUUCUAUUUUUUGUGAAAGUUACAAUGAUAAAUGUGGUUAUUUUUUGAACACAAUUUAAUAAAUGAAAUUUUUAAAAAUAAUGUGC